AUGAAGACUUUGAUCCUACAAGGACUCAUUUUGGCCUUUGCCAUUUGCUUCCAGUUCAGUGAAAGUCAGAAAUCAUGGCAGCAGUCAAUAGAAAAUGCAAUCUACAAUCAACCCAUCCAAAAGUCAACUUCCAAGACAUCACAAAGCAGAUCUCCUUCUACCCGGCUUGACAAACAACUUUCAUUCUCAUCUCAUGACUCUGCCUCACCUACCAACAGACUCUCCCGAAGGGCUUUCUCAUCACCUUUCAAAGCUCAGAGUAUAACGAAUGGACUUUCUAAGGUUGGCUCAGAGAUUAAAAAAGGAGUUGAAAAGUUAUCUUCAAAACUUAGGAAGUUAAGUAGAAAGAGAAGAUCUGACCAGUUCAGGCCGGUUAACAGACGUGAAAAACAACCUAUGAUUAGAUCAGCUACUCAAAUAUCUAAACCUAGAAAGAGAUCUUCAGAAACCUUGAAAAAGACCAAGUCUAAGCCAUGCAGAAAACAACCAUCUAAGCUAGAAAAGAAAAGACAAAAGCUAAAGAAAGACUUGGAACAUUCUACAAAGGUUAUAAAUAAAAAUCUCACAAAAAAGAAAUCAGUAAUAUCACCUGAAAGUAGACAAGCCUCAUCCCUAACAAAACAGCCCCGUAAGUCCAGAAAGGAAAGACGACAAGAAAGGAAAGAAAGACGACAAGAAAGGAAAGAAAGACAACAAGAAAGGAAAGAAAGACGACAAAAGAAGAAACAGCAGAAAGCCGCUUCAAGGGCUGUAAAGAAAGAACUUAAGAAGGUUAAAUCCAAACUGUCACUUCUGAAAAAGCAAGCCACAUCUCUCAUAAAUGGCAGGUUAGGCAAAUCCAAGUCCAAACACCCCAAACUUAAUGAGAAAAACACACUUGAAACCUUUGAAGAAGCAAAGAAACUACUAUCCAUAGCAGAAGAACUCUUCAAUGCAUCUAUCAAGGGACAACCAACAUCUGCUCAAAAAUUGUUGUCUUCACCUAAUCCAACAAUUUCUAGUACCAGUGCAAGAGCCUCUCCCACUAAGAGUUCAACCACAGCUCCGGUGACUGGCACUACCACCUUAGUAGCAUCAACCACUAACCCAGCAGUAGAGACUACAUCUACAGAGCCUUCAGGAGAAUCCACACACCCAGGUACUUCCCCUAGUCCUAUAACUUCCGUGGACACAGUGGCCCAGUCCACAACCUACUUGGCCUCUGCCUCCACCACUAUAUCUGGUUCUACCUCAGAGGGCUCAGAAACUGAAGCAAACACGAAUAAUACCACCACAGUCAUGGAUGGUUCUACCACACAAGCUGCCUCUACAACUUCAACAAGCAUAACUACCACACCUCCUGUCACUGCUACAAACACCAACUCUGGGCUUACUGGAGACAAAACUAAAAUAAAUUUCCCUACUCAAGGGAUUGAGGCCACCACCAAUGGUAGCACAUUGUCAUCAACCAGCACGGCCACAUCUCUUGCUCCUGCCACUACGAAAAUACCCACAACCUCUACCUUUGUUUCUGUUGGUUCUACCAGGAAUGCAUCACAAGUCACCACACCUGUACCACGUUCUACUAGAAGUGCACCUAUCAUUGUCACAACUGUAAAAAAUGUGACUACCACAUUAGUGACUACAACCAUCACUCAAACAUCAAAUAACACAAAUAAUGAAACUACAACACAAGUGCUUGUAGGAGCCACUAAGUAAACAAUUGGCACAACUACUGUAGCUAUGAUGCCUCUCAGUGCUGUUACCAACUGA